AAUUUACCCAUCCUCGACCAUCGUUUUGUAUCUUCGGUCUAUGGGGGGCUGCGCCACUUCUAUUUCCAUCAUUUCCUUUUAUUAAUGAUUCGACGUCUCUUCCAUCCUUGUUCUUUUUGCUCCUCUUUCCAUCUCCGUGGCCCUCUCCCCGUAAAAUCUCGUCCAUCAUUUGACUAGCCAGUCACCUACUCGUCUCUUUCAGCUUACGACGCGGAUCGGGAUCUCUUCUUUAUUCUUGGGACCGGCGAUACCGUUUCUGUCACACCGUCCCACCAUCAAUAGCGAGUUACAACUUAGAUCUCAGCAAUACUAUCCGGAAUCCCAUAGCUUACCGCGCGCACCCACCCCUUCGGAAACGCCCUCUCCCAGUCGCCCAGUCGCCCAGGAGCUUCAUGGCUCGCCUAAGAGGUCCCUGCAUCGACUUCUUUUGAAAUCGAACCUCAUCGAUCCCCAUCUCUUCCGACUACCCCUUGCCCACUUCCCGUCAUGGCCGACGUCGACGAACCCCAGUUCACCACGCUAGCCGAGCGAAUCGCGGCUCUCAAUAAGCAGAAGAACUUCCAAUCCCUCGAUCCGAAACCGAAGAGAGCUCCGCCUCCCCCUCCCUCAGCACCCCUAAGGCCCCAGAAUCGAAGCCAGACCCGUCCGACAGAGCCUGCCGACGUGCCCGUACCCACGGAACGUCUGACCCCGGUUAUUCCCCCUCGCCCGAAAGCACAUGCAACACCAAGGCCGACCCCGCCGCCGCUUCCUCGCCGAGCAGAGACACUGCAGAUAAGGACUCAACUUCCCCCAGGAGACCGUGCCUCGCCCGUACCUCCGCAGCUGCCCACACGUAAUCCGCCCCAGAAGACUUCACCAGCCCUGCCAGAGCGGAGGCCGUCAGCCCAGUCCCUACAGCCCGACAAUAGACGCGGCUCGAAUGCUUCCGAAGUCUCCACACUGUCUUCGUUGUCUUUGAACCAUACCGUAUCGUCAGCCACGAGCGUGCAUUCGGUCGAAGGCGCGACUCGCAAACUGCCACCCGCUUUCGACCCCGCCACCUUGCCCCCUCUUCCCCCUACCAAGCGAGAAAGGGAGGCCCAGGCAAAAGAAGCAACGGCGACAGCUUCCAACGUCGGCACCGAGUCGCACACGCCACACAAAGUCGUACAGUCAAGGACUUUACCACCGCCUGUGCAACCCCUUCACUCCACCAAGAGCAUACCUGCCGUCAGGCAAAUUGAGCCCCCUCGGCGGCCCACCUUGCCGCCUCGUCUUACCGAUAAGUUCUCAAAGUAUCUGGGGGAUUCCGGUAACAAGCAAGCCAAUGUAUCGGAAGAUGCUCUCGUCAAACCGCAGACACCGCGGAGGCUUCCCCCUCCCGUAAUUCCUACCAUCGCACCGCAGUUCGCCACAAACGGCCGUCGCGAACCAGAAAAUAACGUGCGCCCGGCUGACGUUCCACCACCCAUUCCGGUCACCCGUCGCGAUGACGAACAGGACGAAGACGUUCCUCCCCCGAUUCCUCUGAGUACCCGGCCCACCAUCCCACAGAUCGAGACAACCUCGCCACAGCCCGGAGCAGGGGUCUCCCCAACGAAUGACUGUCUUAUAUGCCGCGACUUUUCCGGCCCAGACUCUGUCGCCUCCCAACACCCGCGUAAGACUCUCCCGAGGGACGACCCUGUCGGGUACUUGGCCCACGUUCUCUGUGGGCCCUUCGCUUCACAUACAGACAAAGCGCGCGCCAUCUUCACCUGGUUCCACCACAACAUCGCCUAUGACUGCGCAGCCUUCUUCGGAAACAGCGUCCGGUCCCGAACUCCUGAGGAGACGAUCUGGAAGGGAGCAGCCGUAUGUUCCGGCUAUGCCGACACGUACAAGGCCAUUGCCGAACGCGCGGGCCUGGAGUGCGUCGUGGUAACCGGUCACGGGAAGGGCUACGGCUACACUUCCCUGAAGAAAGGUGAACGUCCGCCGCCCAGGAAGGUCGACGGCCAUGCCUGGAACGCCGUUCGCAUCGACGGCGGCGAGUGGAAGCUCCUUGACUCGUGCUGGGGCGCCGGGAACGUCUCCCACGUCACCAAGCAGUUCACGCCCGUGUUCAAAGCAGGCGAGUUCACGAAGACGAACGACAUCUUCGGCCUGUCGCACUACCCCAAGGACGAACGACAUUUCUUCCGCAGCGACGGCCGCGUCCCGACGUGGGAGGAGUACUUCAUCGGACCCGUCCACGGCGAGACGCCGACGAUCUACACCGACGCCCACGAGGAGGGCAUCUCGACGCACUCGGUCAGCCCGCCCGAGAAGCAGAUCGAGGCGUACAGCGGGGCGUGCGUGCGGUUCCAGUUCUCCAAGGUGUGCGAGCACUGGACGUCCGAGGAGAACGGCCGGGGCAAGCCGCCGCUGCUCAUCCUCUCCGUCGGCGGUCGCGACGGCCGUAAGAAGGACAUGAUCCCCAUGGAGACGGACGGGUUCUGGUGGUGGGUCGAUGUGAAUGCCAUUGAUCUGGGCGCCCCUGGCGAGAGCGUAAGCGUGGUCGUGCUGACCACCAUGGACGGGCGGGACGCGCGGGGCGUGACGGCGCGGGAGUUUCUCUCCAAACGAGGCAAGGUGGGCAUGAGCUGGAGCGGUAUCAUCAAGUGGGAUCUCAUAUAG